GUUAAACGUGCUGUCUUCUCAUGCUUGACAUGGUCAACUUCUCAAAAAGUUGUAUGACUGUGCUUGAUACACUCACCCAGCGUUUAUAUAAGUUUUGUUUUUUUUCGUACGUGAAAAUCCGUUUCGUAACAACUUUUCUUUGUCCCUAAUUGGACAAUUAUCCCGGUAAAGCACGCCCACGCAUCAGCCAGAGCGGAGAAGGAGCAUUCCCAUCAACCAGCUGGAGCAAGAGUACCUUUAAUAUUUAGUAGUAAUCUGCAUUGACAGGACUAUAACAAUUUUACAAUUAACAUUAUUUGUAAACUUGCUUUAAUAAUAAUUUAUUCUUAUUUUUUUUAAUGUCUGUAAAAUUAACUUAAAACAUAUAACUUCUGUCACAUUCUUCACCUUUAUAUAUUUGGUAUUGUUUUUCGUUACAUAUAUCAUAUAAAUGCAUACUUUUGGGGGGAAUUUGAGUCAUCAGCGAUAUUGACAAUUUUACAGCUGUCAACGACACAAUUUACGUGCAUCAAUUAGGUAAAAUAAAAAACAGACAGCUUUGGGACCUCACGUAACCUCCGAGAAAGGACGAACCAUGUUCGUCUUUUUCCGGAAACUUCGUGAAACGCGCUCCACUGCCGGUGCUGCUGCUGCAGCUGAACCCCAGUGGUACCAACCCACAGGCAGCUUAGACAUCACAUUUUAGCCUUUUUUUACAGAUUCUUCCCUCGUCGGAUACUAACUCUGCCCUGCAAAUGCAAGCUAUCAAGUGUGUUGUUGUCGGCGACGGUGCCGUGGGUAAGACAUGUCUUCUCAUCAGUUACACCACUAAUGCCUUCCCAGGAGAGUAUAUACCGACAGUGUUUGACAACUACUCUGCUAAUGUUAUGGUGGAUGGCAAACCUGUCAAUUUAGGCCUGUGGGAUACGGCAGGACAAGAGGACUAUGAUCGCCUUAGACCACUCUCCUACCCUCAAACGGAUGUAUUUUUAAUUUGCUUCUCACUGGUGAGCCCUGCUUCGUUCGAGAACGUUAGAGCAAAGUGGUACCCUGAGGUUCGCCAUCACUGCCCAAACACUCCCAUCAUACUUGUGGGCACCAAGCUAGAUCUGCGAGAUGACAAAGACACAAUUGAACGUCUUAGAGAUAAAAAACUGUCUCCCAUCACUUACCCACAAGGUCUUGCCAUGGCUAGAGAGAUCGGUGCUGUUAAAUAUCUGGAGUGCUCCGCCCUUACUCAGAGGGGUUUAAAAACCGUGUUUGAUGAGGCCAUCCGUGCUGUUUUGUGCCCUCCACCUGUAAAGAAAAGGGGCAAAAAGUGUACUGUAUUUUGAGGAACACUACAACUACUUUCUACAUUAAUAUGCUUCUCGUUUGCUACACGUGUGAUGACAGACUGUAGAGGCAUGCAUUUCAAUGGAAUGUCUGAUGUAUCAGAUAUAUAAACAUAAAUAUGCCAAAUUUGCUUUCUUUGCCUUAAACAAUUGGAUUAACAUGUCAUUUUGUUGGAAAAGGGCAUAAGACACGCGUCACAAUAUACAAUUACUUAUUAAAGGAAAAUAAAGAUAACACAUGAACUCAGUUUUUCUUCAAGUUUGUUGGACAUUAUAAUUUUCUCUGCGUGCCCCAAGAAGCCUGUCAUUUUUCAGUGCUUGUAGACCGUUUCAUCGGACGCGAGUGUGCCUGACCCCCAGUUAACUUCCGGUUUGUGUUUGGAUAGUGUCUGUCUAAUUUGUGUUAAUAUUAAUUUGUAUUAUUAUUUUACUUCAUGACAGGCUAAUUGUAUUAAAUAAAUGAUUUGUUGAAUUUUGUUGUACAUUCGUUUUAUUAAAUAAACAAUUUGUUGAAUGGGUCCUGUAGUUCGGACGCAUUUAAACAAACCUUAUGGUACAUUGAUAUUUAGCGGUUGAGCUUGGUAUUGGAGUCUAAAUAUAAAAUAUCGGAGCGACAAGUUAAGUCAAGAAACAGUUUCUUUUGAAUGUUAAAGAAAUAAUCUACAGGCACUCUAUUGUUUGUGAAUGUGAACCGGAAGUUCAGCUGGGGUCACAAAAGUGUGCAUUCCCAGUAUUGUUUGUUUUUGUUGUUAAGAUGAAACCAUCUACAGUGUGGACAAUGUGUCAAUGUGAAUAUUGAUAUUUCAUCUGCAGGUAUGUUUCCCUUAUGUGAAAUAUUGUGAAUGUGUCAGGAGAUUGUGUAAAUACAUGUUGUGAAUAUCUCUGGUGAGAUUAAUGCCAUAGUCAGCACUCUCACUAGAGACGUGACGGAAAACUACAUUCUAAGUAUUUUACUUUUAGCUUGUAUCGCCUGUUUCAUUUCAUACUGUACUUGUGUUUUAGUGUGACCAUACUCUAUCUUAUGGUUUUAUAUAAAACAACAGAUCCUGUUGCUUAAGGAGAGAAAUGUUAAACAAGCAAGAAACAAUGACUAUUUGGUUGCCUAUGAAAGUACUGGUAUAAAUCAGUAUAAACAAUUCCAUAUAAAGGGUAUAUAAUAGGACGCCUAAUGAAUGCAUUCUCUUCCUGCCACUAAAUGAAGGUAAUUUUGUGCGAACUGUGUGCUUAAAAGUCAUUGUUUUGUCUUAUAUUUUAAUAUCCUUUCACUUUUAUAUACAUUUUGAUAUGUUAAAACAUGAUGAAAUGUUCCAUUACAGCUUUUUGUGCGAACAUGUUAAAUUGUGUAACAUGCCUAAAAGUGUUUUAUUAUAUUAUUAUUUUGCUUUUUAAAACAUGUAAACGUGUGUCAAUUUUAUAUAUGUUUCAUUUGGUUUGCCAUGACAUCAGCUAUUGUUUUUCUUUGUGAACUAAACCAAUGGCAGAUAAUCUCAGUAUUAUUGUUCAAUAAACAUUUC